AUGUUACUCACGAUAACAAAUAAUUGGAUGAUUCAUUCAUUACCGACGUGUAAAUCAUGUGGCGCUCCUCCGAGCGAUCUAAGUUUUUGUGCCCAAUAUAUUCCGGCAGGAAGUAACAUAUGUAUUCAAGAUAAUUACAAAGAUGUGGAAACAAAUAUUUCAAAUGUCUAUUCCAGUACUUCAGGUUUUCUUCCUUAUGAAGCCUCUUGUAGGGAUGCAUGGAAAAAUUUUGCAUGCGCACGUGCAUUUCCUGUUUGCAACAAUACAGGUAAUGGCACCAUCGUUCCAUAUGAAAUUUGUUACUCAGUUUGCAAAGAUUACGCCUAUGGAUGUUGGGCACGUGAUGGAGGUGCAAUCAAUUGGGCUCUCCAACCUGUUUGGGAUGUUCCAGAACAAAACAAAAAGUUGGAUUAUUUCUGCUCUACAGAGGUUGGAAAUCCAUCUCCUUGCACACUUGGAGGAAAAGUCAUCAAUGGUGGAAAUACUUUGGAAUUUUCUGUCUUACUUGCAUGUUUUAUUGCUCUGUUGACAUUUAGUGUGUAA